AUGUCGUUCAUCAUGACUCACCGAUCCAAUGGCAAAGCCGUCUUCGUCGAUAAGGGCGAUGACGGCGACCACCACAAGAUCAUGGCCAAGGGCAAGGGCUUCGCCAAUAUCAUCUACAGCACUAAGGAGACUCCGGUCAACACCGCUGACGAUGUCGACAUCAAGUUUGCCAAGGCCAACGAGCCAUUUCCCCCCUAA